AUGCCUUGCAUUGGAGCUCACAUAUCCAAGAAAACCGACACCUAUUCCUUUUGGAACUUUACAUUCCAUGAAAUUAGUCAAUACGAUUUGCCCGCGAUAAUCGAUUAUAUAAUGGACAACAAAGGAUGGGACGUGAAGAUAAAUUACAUCGGUCAUUCGAUGGGAACAACGGUGCUGUUCGCUUUACUAUCGACCAAAACCGAGUAUAAUAAAGUUUUAAGAGCAGGAUAUGCCCUCGCUCCGGUGGCCUACAUGUCGAAUAUCCGUAGUCCGAUUCGACUGUUGGCUAAAUUCAGUGAUAACAUAGCAUAUCUGAUGAAACUACUCGGCGCUAAUGAGUUUUUACCCCAAAACGCAGUAUUGAGGUGGUUGUCGAAGCAUGCGUGUGAAAUAAAUCAUUACGAGGAGGCGAUAUGCGAGAACUCGAUGUUCGUACUGUGCGGGCACGACGAUAAGCAGUUUAAUAAAACUCUGCUGCCUUUAAUUUUGGGCCAUGUUCCUGCGGGCGCGUCUACGAAGACGUUGAUACAUUACGCUCAAGAAAUACGUAAUGAUGGGCGAUUCCAGCAGUUUGAUUACGGUCCGGAAGUUAAUUUUAUGACGUACGGAGCGCCGAUACCACCGGAAUAUCCUCUAUCCAAAAUUACUCUACCUAUAGCGUUACUCAGCGCCGACAACGAUUGGCUAGCGGGUACAGAAGAUGUAGACAAGUUAUACGUGCGCCUUACAAAUCCAUUAGAACGUUAUAAAGUCCCUUACAAAGACUUUAAUCAUAUAGAUUUCUUGUGGGCUAUAGAUGCGCCAAAAUUGGUUUACAAUAAAUUACUUCAAUUACUCGAUGGUGGUGCGGUUACAUCGAGUAUUGAUUUAGUCACUAGUAAUGAAAUUAACUAAAGAAUAAUUUCAAGUCCCCAUCAGGGAUAAUGUUUAUUGGGUUAUGACUUAUAAUUUAGAUAGAUAAUUUUAAGAUGUUUUACUGUAAAAUACUCAAGAUUGUAUUCUAAUCUGUUGUAGAUAGAAUUAUUUCUGAUACUCCAAUAAAAUGUAAAUAACUGUUA